AUGAAGGUGAAGAAGGGUGGCGGCGGGGCCGGGGCCACGGCUGGGUCGGACCCCGGGCCCGGGGCCGCGGGCUCCAAGGACGACGAGCCGGAAUCGGAGCCGGAGCCCCAGGCGCUGCGGAGGAAGGCGCUGAUCGGGCCCGAAGAUGUGCUGGGGCUACAGCGCAUCACGUGCGAUUACCUCUGCUCUCCGGAGGAGAAUGUCUAUAAGAUUGAUUUCACCAGGUUCAAGAUUCGGGACAUGGAGUCAGGCACAGUCCUUUUUGAGAUCAGCAAGCCCGCUACUUCAGAGAGGGACCUUAGCGAAAAGCGGGACGUGGACCCCAAUGCCGGCCGCUUUGUCCGCUACCAGUUCACCCCAGCCUUCCUCCGCCUGCGGCAGGUUGGAGCCACUGUGGAGUUCACAGUGGGAGACAAGCCCAUCAAUAAUUUCCGGAUGAUUGAGAGGCACUACUUCCGGAACCGACUUCUCAAGAGCUUUGACUUCGAAUUUGGUUUCUGCAUCCCCAGAAGCAAGAACACUUGUGAACACAUCUAUGAGUUUCCCCCGCUUUCGGAGGAGCUAAUCAGUGAGAUGAUCCGCCACCCCUAUGAGACGCAGUCGGACAGUUUUUACUUUGUGGACAACAAGCUGGUUAUGCACAACAAGGCAGAUUAUUCGUACAGCGGGGGACCGUGACCUCCCCCAAACGGAGGCCCCUUCUGGUCUCCAACUCUCCCUCCACCCCAGCUCUUGGCCCCUCCCUCCAUCAAGCAGAAGGUGUGAUUUGCUCCCUACUGCCUGGGGAGUGUGGGGCUAGGGCCUACCUUGUCAUAUAUCCCCUCUGCUGAAAGUCACAGGGCUCCCCCUGGUCCCUGAGUGAGAAAUGGGGGUCCCCUUCCACCUCAGUGGCAUCUCUUCCCUGCUGUCUCAGUUGCUAGCCUCUACCUGGAUGCUAGGCAGAUGCAUUUGUUGGAGUCUCAGAUUACAGUUUGGGGAAGGCAUGUCCUCCUCUUCCAGGAAGGCCUCAGGGGGUGGGGGGGGAGGUUGAGAUGAAGCUGUUGGGUAAGGAUCUAGGGUAUUUAGGAGAUUUGAGGCGUCGGGGAAGUUUGGCAGAAUUCUCUUGACCUAGGGUAGCAGGAUGGGGGGAUAGGGAUAAUGCUUCCAUUCCAACCUGGUAGGGGGAGAGUUGGAGACAGUAGCAGUCAGCUUCCUAAUGACUAAUGAUUUCUCUUCUUACCUACCUUUCUUGUUCUUCCCACCCAGUGUCUUCCCAGGGAAGGGGCCAGACCCAGGCCCCGUUUGUGUUAAAUCUCCAAAGUCUUUCUCAUUGUCUAGUUGCUUUGGGGGGUGGCACCUCCAGGCAGACUUGCUCCCUGGGCGGGUGGCCUAUCUCUGCCACCUCAGCGCCUCCAUCCCUACGGGCAUCUCUGUACUUUCCAUCAUUCCUGGCCCAAUGUAGGAGUUACCCUUCCCUCUUCCCAGCAUUUCUGGGCCAUUGGGAGUGGUGAUGGAGGUGUGCUUAGAUGGCAUUUCUCCCAUGGAGGCCCCAGUUUGGGAGGUGCCCUACCUAAGAAGGGAACAGAACCUGGCCUUGGUAGGAGGCACCUUAUCUGAGAAGGGGAAUAGAGGCAGGCCUCGGUAGUGUGAGGCCUAAAGCCUCGGUCGUUUCCUCUUGGGUGUUCAAUGUGUGCACCAAGGUUUGUAAAAGAAAGCUUUGUGGGUUAGUCAGGAGUGGCAGAGGUCAUGCCCUUCCAGGGGACAGUGUCAGGGUAGGUGUCUUUGAUAACAAACUGCCAUAGCUUAGUGACUCUUGCUUCCUGGGAUUUUGAGAUUUUCCCUCCCAAAGACUGAUUCCCUCCCUUCCUCCUUCCUUCCAGCUCACUGAUGAUGACCGGGUUCGAGAGCUGGGAGGGACCUCAGAGGCAUUGAAUCCAAUGUUCUUAUUUACAAAUUAAGUAACUGAGCCACCUUCUGAACCAGCAGUUAAGGGAGGGUCAGCCUGGAUGCAAAGCUUGGGGCAGAAUUGGGAAGGUUGCAGGUAGCACAACAGGGCUGUAUAUAAAUUUCUGUAGGCUAUAGGGGAGUGAUGAGGAUGACGUAGGGUCUGUGUGUGCAUAGACAAUGAAGGUGUAUACUGCCCCAGUCCUGAACUGACUGGACCUGCAUUCAUUUCUGCCACACGUGACUCUCCUUUUCCUACUCUGACUUGCACCAUGGGUACACAGAGAUGGAGAAGAGGUAGGACCCUUAGAAGCCAAACCCCCUUUCAUCUUACAUCUAGGAAAACUGAGGCCAGGAGAGGGGAAGUGGUUCACAGUUAGACUUGGGACUAGAAUACACUCCAUUGCAUCUGUCCACUGCUCAGCUGCUCCUUCUUUCAUGUUUCCUGACCAUGGCCUCUCCCUGUUUUACUCAUAGGACACUUCCUCCCCUCCUUUCCCCAUCUCCCUUUCCACCAUCAAAAGAGGGGUGGCUGGAGAUCACCCUUCCAGGACUGGCUCUGGGCACAACAGAAGAGGUCAAUGUCUUGUCUUUGCCUUCUUCUUAACUUCCCAGCCUCCUUCCCUUCCUGGCCAUGAAUUAAGCACUUUCUAAGUGCCAAGCACUGUGUAAAGAGCUGGGGAUACAAGUAUAAGCAACUAGACAAUUUCUGCCCUCAUGGAGCUUACAUUCUCAUAGGGGAAGACUACAGACAGAGGGGAGCAGUGGCCAGAGAGAAGUGCUUUGGGCAGGGUUUAAUCAGAGGGAAUGGGGAAAAUGAUUGGGAUGCAGCAUUCCAGACAAAAAUAUGCUGAAGGAAUGAAGAAGGAACUGGGCUAUCUUUUUCCCAGAGGUCCAAAGAGGAAUCGGGGGUAAGAAAGGUAUUUCAGACAUCAUGACCUGGGUAGGGAGAUAUUGUGGUCAAUGAGAGCAUUUCUCCAUCUUUUCCGCCUAUUGUACCACUAAGGCGGGCACCAGCUAGCAACGCCGAAUCUGAUCAUCUUAGCUUGGGGCUGAAGAAUUAAUCCUGAACCCAGGUGACCUGGAAAGAGUAGGAGGGAAAGGGAAAAUGAUACCUGUAAUGAAAAACAUCUCUUGUAGGCCUGGGAUUAUCAGUCCUUGGCUCUAACAACCAGCAAAACUGAAGGAGAGUGUUUAGUUGGUGCUGUUUAGCUCUAUGGAGAGCCGCAAUGGGGGAGUGGGUUGAAAGUGCAGCAGGCAGCUUGAGGGGAGAGGCCAGGAAAGACUUCCCCAUGAUGAAAACGUGAAGGCCGGAGAAAGGGCGGCCCAGGGGUGGAGGUGGCAUGCGUCUUCAGGAUUGACCCGAAAGCAAGAAUGACUUCCCAAGGGUAUAGGAGAGUAUCAGACAGUAACAAACUUGUUGGCACUGCAGACGGUACUGGGGAAAGAACUAGGUGUGUGAGUGUGUGUGUGUGUGUGAGUGUGUGUGUGUAACAAUGAAUGGAUUGGGAGAAAGGAGUGUGUUCAUCUGUCCUUUGGUUCAUGACAGACAAAGGCAGUAGAAUUCGGGUUCAGACCCAAUCUUUGUUAUUACCUGUGUGACCUCCCCGGCCUCGAGUUCCUCAUCUGUAAAAUGAGGUUGAACUUGACGGCCGCUGAGAUCCCUUCCAGCUUGGGAUCCAUUAUCUUUCCGGGCACAAAAGCAAAACCUUAGUUUCUCUACCUCUGUAUGAGUGGGUUGUGUGUGUGUGUGUGUGUGUGUGUGUGUGUAUUUGGUGGGUUAUCCAAGUGGAAAUGACUAUCUCAGAGGGGUUAGGGGUAUAGGAAUUGUGUUGGAAUCGGGGAGCUGAGGGCCAGGAACUGAAAAUCCGGAAGAGACAGGAACAAUAAAGAAUGCUGCUUCCUUUCCCCUGGAGUGGUGCAAGAGGCUUAAGGAGGGGAGGGGUACGUGGGUGUUUGCUAAUUCAAUUCAACAAAUAUUCAUUAAACAGCCACAGUGUGCCAGGGGCUGGCGACACCAAGACGAAAGUGAUCUCUCUAGUGCUUGCCCUCAAGGAGCUUCCAUUCUACUGGGGAGAUACAACAAACACAGAAAAGUAUAUACACGAAGGAAUUGGGGGAGGGGCGCAGUUCACUUCUUCAAAAGGGGCAUAUGGGUAAAUUUUCAGAGGAGGAAAAUAUAACAAUCAGAGGUGACAACGCUUUAAGGUUUCUGAAGCGCAUUACAGCUAUUAUUUGAUCAAGGGGAGGUUUUGUGUGAAGGCAGGGCCCGUGAUAGGAUGACACCUUUAAUGCGCUGGGGACAAGAGGGAGAGAGCCUCUCGGUAGGAGGGGCCUAGUUCCUAGUCUGGAAGACCUGCCCUUGGGGUUAGGCCUAGGGAGUGAGAUGGGGGUGAUGCAUUGUGGUGUGGUAGAAACAUUGUUGGGGAGUCAGAACCCCCAGGUUCAAAUGCUAGCUCUGCUGCUAAUUAGCUGUGUGACCUUGGGCAUGUCACUUCACAUCCCCAUCUCUGUGUCCUCUGUAAAGUGGUGGGUGGGCUAAAUGGUUUCCAAGGUCCCUUCCACCUCUAGCAUAGUCUAUUAUUGUCUAAGGCUUUAUGUUGUUAGGGAAUUGGGGCCAGGCUAGAGUUCAGGUUAGACUAGAGUGUUUGGGUCAGAACUUGAAUAGGUUUUGACUGGGGCUAGGGUAAGGAGCAGACCUUCUCCCUCGCGGUGCCAGCUCUUCCUCAGGACUCCAUGCUCUGUGUUCCUCUUCCGGGUGUAUGUACUAUUUCAAACACCUGUUGUGUGUUGGGCAUAGACCCUUCCCUUGUCUGGGAGCAGCUUUUCAGUCUCAAGCUGCUCACUCUGGUUAAUGUCGAAGAUUUGUGAAUUUGGACUGUUGUUCUACCACAUACGGGAUUCUAUCAUAUUUCGAUUUCUGAAAUCAAUACCUUUAAAAUUCCAGAUCCAUUAAAUUUCCUUUUUGUUGCUCAGGUACCAAA